AUGACAGUUUCUAUCUUUUUCAGCAUUUGCUUUAUCUCCUCUCUGCCGGUCGUGCUGCUAAUCUUGAGUGGUCUGAGCUCCAGUAGUCCCAUUGGGACUGCCGACAGCCGUCGCAGAGCGUCAGUCGAUAGAGAUGAUUAUCCACUGCUCGAUGCUCAAGACUUUCUCAACCAGUUUCUGACAACACUUAACCUCACGGAGCAGAGGCCCUCUUCCGGGAUGGAGCUCGAUCCGACCCGCAGGGAGACCGAGGAGUAUAUGCUAGAACUGUACAAUCGAUUUGCACGCGACCUCACCAGUGAUGCCAACAUUGUACGCAGUUUCAAGAACGGAGAUUCCUCCACCUCCAACGUAAAGGCAGUCAGUGCGAGGAUUUUUCCGCUGUUGUUCAAUAUUUCCAUGCCCCGCCAUGAGCACAUCACGGUGGCUGAGCUACGCCUGUUAAUUCUGGUGCCAAAGGCACAGCGGCGGUCGGCCGGGCUCGACUGCAAGGUUGCCAUCUACAAAAUUCACAUGGGCGCUGAGGAGCUGGGAAGAGAACUGAAGAGGAGGGAUAACGCAGAGGAGGUGGGGUUGAAGAGUGUGGAAGAACUGAUGACAAAGUAUGUUCACACCAAAGAUAAUAGCUGGGUGUCCUUUGACCUGACACGUGAAGUGAGACGGUGGCAGAAAUCAGGGUCCACUGAAGUCAGUCUGGAGGUUCACGUCACAGCACAGGGGUCACCAGAGGUCGACAUCAACAGGAACUUAGAGGGGAAAUAUAACGCUGAGAUCAUUGUGUUUUCGGAUGACGGAACUAGAGAGCACAAGUAUGGCAGCCGAGGAAAUGAGGUUCCCGACAAGAUUCAGCUGAGUCGCCAUGCACCAUGGGAGCGAGCAGACCACCAGUUGGACACGCAGUCAUUCAUGCACUCCAAUUUCAUCUAUGACGCAUCACCAAGAAUCCGCCGCCACGCAAAGGCCGAGCCUUGCAGGAGAGCGCCACUCUUUGUAGAUUUUAAAGACAUUGGCUGGGACACGUGGAUCGUCCAGCCGCUGGGCUACGAGGCGUACCGCUGCAACGGAGUUUGCAGCCCACCCAUGACGUCUGAGGUCUCACCUACCAACCACGCUCUGGUGCAGACACAGCUGAGUUUCAAGAGCCCAGAGAGGGUAUCGCCCGCCUGCUGUGUGCCCACCAAGUUGGAGCCCAUCUCACUCCUUUACUAUGAUAAUGGAGUGGUCACUUUUAAGCACAAGUACGAGGGCAUGGUGGUGGCUGAGUGCGGCUGCAGAUAG